UAAUUUCUGUACCUACCUAGGUGUAUAUUAUCAAUAUUAAAUUAAAUAUUGUCAAAUUUAUGAAAAAAAUAAUAAACUAACAAGAGAUUACCAAAAUGCCAAUGCUAGAUGGGAAAGAAAUUGAAAUAUUUUUUAGUGAAGAAGAUCUUCCUUACGAAGAGGAAAUUUUAAGAAAUCCCUUUUCUGUAAAGCAUUGGCUCCGGUAUAUUGAACAUAAGAAAGCUGCCCCAAAACAAGAAAUAAACCUCAUUUAUGAAAGAGCAUUAAAGGAACUACCUGGUUCAUUUAAAUUAUGGUACAAUUACUUAAAAUUGAGAAGAAGUCAAAUUAGAGGAAAAUGUAUAACAGACCCAGCAUAUGAAGAUGUUAAUAAUUGUUUUGAAAGAUCUCUAGUGUUCAUGCAUAAAAUGCCAAGAAUAUGGAUGGACUACUGUAGUUUCUUAACUGAUCAAUGUAAGAUUACCACAACAAGAAAGGCUUUAGAUAGUGCAUUAAGAGCAUUACCUAUUACUCAACAUCACAGAAUUUGGCCCCUUUAUCUAAGUUUUUUAAAAAAACAUGACAUUCCAGAAACAGCAGUUCGUGUUUUUCGUAGGUAUCUUAAGUUAUGCCCUGAAGACACUGAAGAAUACAUUGAUUAUCUCAUUUCAAUUGAUAAAUUAGAUGAAGCUGCUGUCAAACUGGCUCAAAUUGUUAACAAUGAGAAUUUCCAGUCAAAGCAUGGUAAAUCAAACCAUCAACUGUGGAAUGAGUUGUGUGAACUUAUUUCUAAAAAUCCUGAUAAAAUUCAUACUUUGAAUGUUGAUGCCAUUAUCAGAGGAGGCCUUCGACGCUACACCGAUCAGUUAGGUCACUUAUGGAAUUCUUUGGCAGAUUAUUAUGUAAGAAGUGGUUUAUUUGAAAGAGCUAGAGAUAUAUAUGAAGAAGCUAUCCAAACCGUAACAACAGUUCGUGAUUUUACUCAAGUUUUUGAUGCAUAUGCACAAUUUGAAGAACUAAGUUUAAGCAAAAAAAUGGAGGAGGUUGCCAAAAAGCCUAAUCCUAGCGAAGAUGAAGAUAUUGAUUUAGAACUAAGGCUAGCUAGAUUUGAGUAUUUGAUGGAAAGAAGAUUAUUACUACUGAACUCUGUACUAUUAAGACAAAAUCCACACAAUGUAGCAGAAUGGCAUAAAAGAGUUAAGUUAUAUGAUGGAAAACCCCAUGAAAUUAUUGAUACUUACACAGAAGCAGUGCAGACUGUUGAUCCCAAACUAGCAGUUGGAAAAUUGCAUACCUUGUGGGUCGGAUUUGCAAAAUUUUAUGAAAAUAAUGAUCAAAUUGAAGACGCAAGAUUAAUUUUUGAAAAGGCUACACAAGUGAGCUAUGUUAAAGUAGAUGAUUUAGCAUCUGUUUGGUGUGAAUGGGCUGAAAUGGAAAUACGACAUGAGAACUAUGAAGAGGCAUUGAAAUUAAUGCAAAAAGCUACUGUAUUGCCCAGUAGAAAAGUAGCAUAUCAUGAUGAAAAUGAAACAGUACAAAUGCGCCUUUAUAAAUCUUUGAAAGUAUGGUCAAUGUAUGCAGACUUAGAAGAAAGCUUUGGUACUUAUAAGUCUUGCAAGGCUGUUUAUGAUCACAUUAUUGACCUAAAAAUAGCCACCCCACAGAUAAUUAUCAAUUAUGGCCUAUUUCUCGAAGAACAUAAUUACUUUGAGGAAGCAUUUAGAGCAUAUGAAAAGGGGAUAGCACUUUUUAAAUGGCCAAAUGUAUAUGAUAUAUGGAAUACAUACUUGACCAAGUUUUUAAAAAGAUAUGGUGGUAGUAAACUCGAAAGAGCAAGAGAUCUCUUUGAGCAGUGUUUGGAACACUGUCCUCCAGAGUUUGCCAAAUCUAUAUUUCUAUUAUAUGCCAAGUUAGAAGAAGAACAUGGUCUUGCUAGACAUGCAAUGUCAGUAUAUGAACGGGCCACUACGGCAGUCCUACCUGAACAGAUGUUUGAAAUGUUUAACAUCUAUAUAAAGAAAGCUGCAGAAAUUUAUGGUGUUCCAAAAACGAGGCAAAUAUAUGAAAAGGCAAUUGAAUCCUUAUCGGAAGAAAAUGCAAGAGAAAUGUGCAUUCGUUUUGCAGAAAUGGAAACUCGCCUCGGUGAAAUUGACAGAGCUAGAGCUAUAUACGCUCAUUGCAGUCAAAUGUGUGAUCCUAGAAUAACAGCAGAGUUUUGGAAUACUUGGAAAGAAUUUGAAGUAAGACAUGGAAAUGAGGACACUAUGAGGGAGAUGCUAAGAAUAAAGAGAAGUGUCCAAGCAACAUACAACACACAAGUGAAUAUGAUGUCAGCACAAAUGUUAAGUUCGGCAGCACAAGCGGCUGGAACAGUAUCUGAUUUGGCACCAGGUAUGAAGGAUGGAAUGAGAAUGUUAGAAGCUAAAGCUGCUGAAAUGGCAGUUCAAAGUAAGGGUAACAUACUGUUUGUUAGAGGGGAAACCCAAGGACUUAAGGAAACAGACAAAGUUGUCAAUCCUGAUGAAAUUGACAUUGAUGAUGAAGAGUCUGAAAAUAGUGGUGAAGAUGAUGACACUGAAAUCGCACCUGUUGAAAAAAAAGAAAUCCCAGCCGCUGUAUUCGGUGGCCUUAUGCCUGAUAAAGAGUAAAUGGAUUUUUUAUCAUCAAAUAAAUUAAACAAUAAAA